AUGUCCUUGACUCCCCCUCAACCACCUCCAUCUUGGGACCAUUCCCCAGGUGAAAUCACACAACUCACCAAUGAGCUCAUUGCCCAUGAUCGCGCCCUCCAAGACAAGAUUGGUGCACUAGAUCCCAAAGAUUGUAAUUUCGAAUCGUUGGCUCUCGCUGAUGCAGAAACCAAACUCGAUGCCGUCUCUGAACCACUCUCGUUUUACCAAAACGUUUCUCCUUCCAAGGAGCUUCGCGAUGCAUCGAACCAAGCUGAAUCGCUGGUCCGUGACUUUGGAGUGGAAUCUUCGAUGCGCCUGGACGUCUUCGAGGCCAAGGUAGCUGCUCAGAAGAAUAUCAAGGAGUCUGGGAAAUUGGAGACGUUAUCGCCCGAGCAACAACGUUUGGUGGAUAAAAUGAUCCUAGACGGCACUCGUGCGGGCCUAGCUCUGCCGAAGGAGAAAAGGGACGAACUGACCACUUUGAAGAAGGAACUCUCACAAGUUUGUCUAGAGUUCAGCAAAAACUUUAACGAGGAGGACGGAAAGAUCUCUUUCACAUCAGAGGAGCUUAAAGGUGUACCAAAGGACGUGAUCUCGGGUUACACGAAACGCACGGAAGGUGACAAGGAACUCUACGAUGUAACGUACAAGACACCCGAUAUUUUCCCCAUCUUCAAAUUUGCGGAAAACCCAACGACUCGUCAGAAGGCCCAAGAAGGUCACGAGUCCCGUUUAGAACUCAAUGUGCCCCUCCUCAGUAAGGCUCUUGACCUUCGCCGUCGUAUUGCGGCGCUGCUUGGAUACAAAACAUGGGCGGACUACAUCACUGAAAUCAAAAUGAUCAAGUCUGGAAAUGGUGUCGAAGAAUUCUUGGAUGACCUCGAGAGCAAGUUGAGACCAGUUGGCGAGAAAGAACGUGAGAUCCUCCUAGCGCUCAAGAAGAAAGAUCAUGAGGCCCGAGGUCUUCCUUUCGACGGUGAAUUCUAUAUCUGGGAUUACCGCUACUAUGACCGCAAGUACAUCGAAGAAACACUCGAUCUCGAUGAUAGCCUCGUCAAGGAGUACUUCCCCGUCUCCGUCGUUGUUCCAACGAUCUUGGAAAUCUAUCAGAACCUCUUGGGUGUCAAAUUCGAGGAGAUCAAAGGUGGUUCAACAUGGCAUCCAGAGGUCCAACAGUUUGCUGUUUGGGAGAAAGACGCAAAGGAUGAAUCUGGCUUCAUUGGCUACUGCUAUCUCGAUUUAUUCCCUCGAGCUGCCAAGUACUCUCAUGCUGCCGUCUGGCCCCUUCUCUCCGGCUACGACCAUGCCGACGGUACACGCAGCUACCCUCUAACGGCAAUGGUUGCCAACCUGGCGAAGCCUACCCCAGAUAAACCAGCUCUUAUGAGGCACGAUGAUGUCGUUACCUUCUUCCACGAGAUGGGUCACGUAUUCCACGGUCUGCUGAGCAAGACCAAGUUCGCUAGAUUCCAUGGUACAAGUGUGGCAAGGGAUUUUGUAGAGGCACCUUCUCAAAUGCUCGAAAACUGGUGUUGGGAACCCAAAGUCUUGGAGAAAAUGUCAAGCCACUAUGAGACCAAGCAACCACUUUCCCCAGAACUCAUCGAGAAAAUCAUCAAAAGCCGAUAUGUGAAUGUCGGUCUUUUCUAUCUUCGUCAACUCUUCUUCGCGAAGUUCGACUUGAAGGUUCAUACAGACCAAGGUAAAACGCUAUUCAAUUCCGCUGACUACACCAAUUUGUGGAACACUUUGAGGGAAAAGAUUUCCUUGGUGAAGGCUGGCAAGCCUUGCCCUGGACAAGGUACCUUUGGCCAUAUUACCGGAGGCUACGAUGCUGGUUAUUACGGGUAUACAUACUCUCUGGUCUUCGCCGCAGAUAUGUAUUCCACUGUCUUCAAAGCAGAUCCCCUUGAUCCUGCUCGGGGCAAGCAAUACCGCGACAAGAUCCUCCGUUUCGGUGGAAGUCGUGAAGAAAUUGAUUCUUUGACGGAUUUCCUUGGCCGACCGCCCAACAACGAGGCCUUCUUGCAGGAGCUCUUUGGCACUCUCCCCGCAUCCCACCUCUGA